UGGAGUUGGAGCUGUCGCUUUUCCACCCGAGUCCCUGACGAACGGGCUGCUUGAGGCUUGUAGAGAGUUGGGAAUUCCGGUUAUUGCAUAUUCUGAGUCUUUUACCCCUUGCCCCUUUCUCAUCCAUAUGCAUACAAGCUAAAAUAUCUGUUCCCAGCUCUAUUGGGUAGAGGUAUCCUAGGUGGACAGAUCAAGACUCUAGACGAUCUGCCCCAGGACGACUAUGACGGCUCCUGUUUCGCUUCCAAGGGGACAACUUGAAUGCCAACAUGGAGCUGGUCUCCAAGGUUGAGAAGUUGUCGGAGAAGAAGGGAUGUAAGAUGGGGCAGAUUGCCGUCGGUUGGGUUUUGGCUGUUGCUAAGCGUCCGGGCGUGCCGACUAUUGUCCCAAUUCCACGCUCGACUAACCCCAAUAGGAUCAGGGAGAAUGCAACGAUUUUGUACUUGACGAACGAGGAACUCGCGGAUAUUGAUCGAAUUCUAGAGGGGUUUAUACCGUCUGGCGAUCGAUAUCCGAAGGUUACGACUCAGGAUUGGGAGCAAUUAAGUAUUGAGCUUCAGGUAAUACACGUCAGAAUUCGAGUUCAAGCUAGUGAAGUAACCGUCAGUGAGAAGAUCACUGGCAAACUGGUAUUCUUUGCUUGA